CCGGAAGCAUUUUCCGGAAGUCCGCGAGUUCUGCGCUGAACCUGCAGAUAUUCAAAACAAUCAUGUUUAUUUUGUUUUAAAAAAACAAACAAACAGUGACUUAAAUGCACGAUCAUUGGUGUGGAGACAGAAUGUGCCAGUUAUACUGCGAUACAAGUGACCGGUUUUAGGUUCAAACUCUUCAACAUGGAGAACACUGUAGUUUAUAUUCCUAAGGAAGCGUGUGUUAAAAACAUCCCUUUACAGUCUCUGUCCAGCUCUUUGUCCAGGAAGAUCAGCGUGGCUUUGUUUCAGCAUAAAUCUCGAAAGCAGACAGUGACCUGGAUCUGCCCGGUCGAGCUGCGGCAGAAAGAAGCAUCCCUGGGCAAGGGGAGCAGCAGACUGAGGCCGCUGCUCACCCAAAUAACCCCAGGUCAGUUUCUACUGCCGGUUGUGAGCUCCAGCAUCACUGCCUAUAAGGUCUUGAGGACGGAUUUGAAGACGAAUAAACCUGAAGUCCAGUUCUCGGGGCAGGAGGAGACUGAAGUGACUUCUCUGACCAGCAUCAGGAACUCUGUUCAACGCAAUGCCAUCAUUGUGUGCAAUGGUCAGAUCUUCCUCUCGGUCAGGAAGACGCGCUGCAGGAGAGUUACACUGCAAAGCUGUCCAUCAGCACCUGAAGGUGUGGGUUCUGCUUCUUCAGGUCAACACCAGCAGAUAAACAACACAGAUAGUUGUCAGGCUCAACUACUGAGAGACACUUCAGACUCACCACAGCAGAACCAGGAUUUUAUAUUACAGGUUCAGGAUGUUCAGCCUCCAGACCAAGAACUUGACCCUAACACAGAGAAUUCUCCACUUGUGCAGAAAAUCUCUGAAGAAAUGCCUGAGCAAUGCUGCACAGAGGAAGAGUGUCAAAAGGUUCAGGAUGUUCAGCCUCCAGACCAAGAAAUUGACCCUAACACAGAGAAUUCUCCACUUGUGCAGAAAAUCUCUAAGGAAAUGCCUGAGCAAUGCUGCACAGAGGAAGAGUGUCAAAAGGUUCAGGAUGUUCAGCCUCCAGACCAAGAACUUGACCUUAACACAGAGAAUUCUCCACUUGUGCAGAAAAUCUCUGAAGAAGAGUGUCAAAAGGAAGCCGAGCUGACCUCAGAGUCCAGGUCACGGAGCAACACACCACUAGAAGCUCCUUUGGAUCUGGAGUCCAGUCACGAGGCCUCGUCUAUGGAGGUGACUGAUUGCCAGCCCCAAAUCCUCCAGCAGAUCCUCCAGACCUCCUCUGGCAUCUCACAACAGCCUGAAGCAGCAGGUGGAGACGGAAAGACAGAUCAGGAUGACAGUGAGCGUUUAGAGGCCGUGGAGCUCCCCAGGGCCGAAAGCUGUCUUACGUUUGAUUUUCAACAGUUGGCCCACGAGGAGAGAAUCAACCACCUACGAGCUCGGCUGAGGCAGAAAGAAGCCGCGCUCAGCAUCUUUAAUUUAAAGCCCACAGAUCAGAUUUAGAGGAUCAGGAUGUUGCAUAAAAUCAGGUAAUAAAGUUCUUUAUGCAUCAUUGCGUUUUAGAUGCAAACUUUAAAGGAUGAGGGCAUUCUUUGAUUGAAAUAUUUGCACAGAUAUUAUCAUGUGAGUAAAGUGAUCAUUUGCACACCAUUGCCAGACAAAUUCACAAACAUUAUAUGGGAUAAAUAUAAUGACUUCUUUGGGAAUUGCAUGUUUGGUUUUGCACGGGUAUCAUAAGAAUCUGGAUUUGCUUUAGCUGCUUUAAUUCUCCGUUCAAAUAAAAAAAGCUUCCUAUCA